CUUCAUAUGAAAACAAAUAAUUUAUUUUUUUAGGGGAGACCGCCACUGUGUGGUUCCAUUGGGUUUGAAUUGAUGGUGGUGGUUAGUCGAAUUGAUGGUGGUGGUUAGUCGACUUGGUGGUGGUUGAUUUUCUCCCAGACGGUGCUGGUUUCAGCCUCGCUGUUCUGCGAGCUCGCUAUUUUGCGAGCCGUAUUUCAGCAUCGUUGUAUUGGGCCAGCGAGUGAGGGUUUUUUUUGGUACUGUUGGCUAUAUAAUCUUAUUUAAGUUGUCCCCCUUUGUUACCAAACAUGGUUUUCAGGAGUUAUUUAACCUAAUCCCAUAUAGUGAGGCCUACCAAACACACCCUAAAUCCCCAACCCCUAAUCCUACCCAACCUUCACCCAAGCCGACGGAAUUCUCUCUCUCUCUCUCUCUCUCUCCACUUUGUCUUGUACAAAUACAUGCGACCGAAUUGGUGAAACUAACUGAAGAAACUUUGACAGCAGCAACAGCAGAAAAUACGUCCUCUAAUAAUAAUCGUUGUCUCUUUGCUGUUUAAAGUAGGGUAGAAUUAUGAGAGUGAAAAAGCAGAGGAGGCACAGGAAGAUAGUGCGGUUCUACACAGCAUGCUAUGGGUUGAGACAGCCGUACAAGGUGCUAUGUGAUGUGAAUUUUGUGCAUCACCUCGUCGUCAAUCGCAUUACGCCUGCUGACAAGGCCCUCUCUAAUAUCCUGGGUGCCCCUGUCAUGCUUUUCACCACCAAAUGCGCUAUCAGUGAGUUGAAAAAGCAAGAUCUAAGGAAUGUUCCUUCCCAUUCUCAGGCUCUUGAAGCUGCAGAAAGCCUCAUUACUGCAAGGUGCGAUCAUGAGAGAGCCAUGAGUGCUGAUGAUUGCAUCAUGGAUAUUAUUGGGCAGAAUAAUCCCGAGCACUUCUUUGUUGCUACUCAGCAUGCCGAACUUCGUGAGAAAAUUCUCAAGAUACCAGGUGUCCCUGCUAUUUAUGCUCUGAGAACCGCUCUUUUUCUUGAGUCCCCAUCUUCCGCCCAACGGCAAUUUGUCAAAACUUCUGAAGAACAACGCUUGCAUAUGACUGACUUGGAAUAUAAGAUGUUGACAAAGGGGACAAAUAAUAUGUCGACUUCUCAUCAAGAAAAGGAUCGCUCUGAUGAAGAUGGUUUUGGAGAUCAGAACUUGGAAGUGCAGGCUGUAGCAAAGAAGCACACUGCUAGGAAAGGAUUGGGUGUGAAGGAUAAAGUUCAGUUUAAGAGAAAGAAGGCAAAGGGUCCAAACCCCCUUUCGUGUAAGAAGAAAAAGACUUUGAAAAACCCAGAUCUUCAUUCAGUACAGGAAAGGAAGGAUGGAGAUGCUACUUUGAGGAGUCGUAAGAAGCGGAAUAGGUCGCGGAAAAGCAAAAGGCCUGUCGAGGCAGAUGGUUAAUGUUCCUUGGCUAAAAGUUUUGAAAUUUGGCUUUCAUUGGAUGACGGGUUGAAUGAGCACGCUGUACUUUGGUCAAUUUGGAGGGAGAUGAUUUUUUGGGUUAUAUUAGCUUAUUUGUCUCCUU